AUGCCCGCAACAGCAACAGUAUCUCCCUCUCUUCCCCACCAGCAGCCGGCCCAGCACCACGUCUCCCAGGGCGACCUCGACAUCCUCUCCCUCCUCACUGCAGACGGCCCGAACCCGAACAAGAAGAAGGGCCUUCCCCGCCGAGACCAGCCGCUCGACUCGCUGCUCCUCACUGCUGUCCUCGCUGGCAGCGACAAGGUCACGAGACACCACUUUGGACACGGCACGAUGCCCUAUGCCGCCUGCGAUGAGAGCCGGCCGCAGUCCCCCAUGCCUCCGCGGAAGAGCAUGCAGGCUCCCCGCUCCGAGCGACUCGCCAAGGACCAGGCCGAGGCUGCCGCGGAGCAGCCCGUUAAGGUUGCGGCGCCCGCCGCCCCUCUUUCUGCUGCGCCGGCGCCGGCCCCCAUCGCCGAGCGCAAGCGACGGAUGUCAAUCGACCCCCAGCCCGUGAGCCAGCUCCUGCAGCAGGCUUCCCCCGCCCACGUCAACUUCUACCACGGCCGUGGCAUGCCCAUCGGCAAGCCCUCUGGCCAGCCGCAGGUCAAGUGCAUGGCCCGUACCCGUGUGCCCACUCCCCACGGCGAGGUUUUCCUGCACCUCUACCACAACUCACACGACAACAAGGAGCACCUUGCGAUCGUGAUGGACCCGAUCCAGCUUGACCCCGAGGCCCGCGCUGCCGCCCCGAAAGGCCGCAAGGAGAUCCGCUCGCGAUCACUGGACGCCGUCUGGCGCGACGGUGAGACGGAGAUGGAGCGUGUCGUCCGCGGUGCCUAUGUCGGCCGGCUCCACCCUGGAGGUGAGGGACAGGCUUCCAAGCCGAAAUCGCAGGCCGAGUACGACGCCGAGGACGCCAUGGGCGAGGACGACGAGGUUGACAUCCGCCCGCUCGUCCGCAUCCACUCUGAGUGCUUCACUGGCGAGACGAUUGGCUCCCUCCGCUGCGACUGCGGCGAGCAGCUCGACGAGGCCAUGCGCCGCAUCGCCGAGCCUCAGCGGUUACCCUCUGACUCUACUUCCGAGUACCUCCCGACACCCGAGGCCUCGCGCGCUCCGUCACCGCACCAGCGGGGACAGGUCGUGCCCGGCCGCGGUGUCGUCAUCUACAUGCGGCAAGAGGGCCGCGGUAUCGGUCUCCUCGAGAAGAUCCGCGCCUACAACCUCCAGGACCUGGGCCACGACACGGUGACUGCGAACCUGAUGCUUGGCCAUGGCGCCGACGAGCGAACAUACGCCGUUGCCGCCGAGAUUCUUCGCGACCUCGGUCUCGCCGGCGACGAGGCGCUCGGCAAGGGCGGCGUGCGCCUGCUCACGAACAACCCCGAGAAGGUUGUUGGCCUCAGCGGCGAGGGUAUCCGCAUCUCUGACCGCGUCGGCAUGGUUCCGCGCGACUGGCAGUGCCGACACGACUGCCCGAGUGCGGCUGAGGAGAAGGAGUACGACGAGUGGCGCGCGCGGAGAGCCGGCGUCGGCCUCCUUGGCGCGACGACGACGCGCGCUCCGGAACUCGACAAGUACCUCCGAACGAAAAUCGAGCGCAUGGGCCACAUGAUCGACAUCCCGGAGUCGACCGAGUCGACCGACGAGCAGGCUUAA